AGACAGAUCACACGCGCUAAAUUCAAAGACAGUGAAAAUAGUGUUGCACUAGUUUGAGUGAGGCCAUGACAUCGUUAUUUUAAAAGAAUUCUGUUUUGUUUUUGCUUUGUAAACGAUUUUAAACUACCACUGAAUAAAUAGUUGCCUUCACGCAUUUUAUCUUGCAGUAACGAGAAUUAACAAAUUAAGGAUUAGGGACAAAUCCAUUUAUUGCUUUGACAACUCGCAGUCAGUGAACAGUUACAUAAACUAAUGAACCUUAAUUGUUGUGGUUCUUUUUUUACAUCGUUUCAGUUCAAAAAAUAUUUGAGGAUUCCUUAGGUCCAGUUUUACCAAAAAUAAUGCGUUCGAUGCAUGAGGACAUUUAAAAUAACAUGAUGUACAUCGCUAAAGUUUGGCGACACUUAAAGCUACCCUGGUGUCUUACAAUUUUAGAAAAUUCCAUAGUUUUGAUUUAACCGGAUAUUUUUCUAAGGCGAAGAAUGCGCGUGGAAAUCCCAGAGUUUCGCCGAUGCUGCUUCUGUGUACCAUUACGACAAGGCGUACUAUGUUUCGGUUAUAUUAGCCUGGUCUUCACAAUAUUUAUAAUAGGUGUAGAGAUACACUUUCACGAAGAUAUCUUGCAAUCGCGUACCCUAGUGCCAUACCGAGGAAUUACGUUUUUCGUAAAGUCAUGGCUUCUGUUCUUAAUGUACAUAGCGGAGACAGUGUUUACCGUUAUUCUAUUAGUGGGAGCUCACAAGAAAACAGUACAACUUCUACGCGUAUACUUUUACUAUGAAGUAACAACAAUGUUAGCAACUGUUGUGACGUUCGUCGUGAUAGACUACGAUUUUAUGUUUCGAAACAGAGAAUACCUAUUCAUAGAGGGUAGUUUCAUAUUCCUGGGAUUUGUGCUCCACAUAUAUUUAUUGCUCUUGGUGCGAAGUCUAAUACGCAAACUGAAGCUGCGAAGUGGAGUAACCUUCAUCAACCACAUCUCAGAAGUAAUUGUGGAGACGCCUGUAGAAACUACACGAAACUUACUUUAAUAAUCACUACAUAGUAUAAAACAAAGUCGCUUUCUCUAUCCCUAUGUAUGCAUAAAUCUUUAAAACUACGCAACGGAUUUUGAUGCAGUUUUUUUUAAUAGAUAGAGUGAUUGAAGAGGAAGGUUAUAUGUAUAAUAACAUCCAAUAAAUAGUGGAGAAAUACUGUUAUUUUUGAGGUUUCUAAUGUGAUGUCGUAUAUAAUUACAUUUUUUCCGCUUACAUUGCAAACGCAGGCUGAACCCUACGAGAUUUAUCAAAAUAAUAUACUAAGUAUUGUAUACAUUGAAAAGGUCUACAGAAAACUCCGCUAUGGUAUAUGUCUAUCUCCUUUGGAUAUCCCACAAUAAUAUUUUUUUGUCAUUUACUUUUUACGACAACUAAUGGCUAAUUUUCGAAGCGACUUUAACCAAUAAAGCAUUAAUCCUUAUCUAAUUAAAUACCUUAAAUACAUUGUUAAUUUAAUAUAAAUCUAUAGGGCUCUUUACAACAUAUGACUUUAAUUAAUAUUGUCGAAGAUAUUACAGAUUCAAAAAUUGCAUUUGCGACGGUUCCGGCCGGCCGGGCCGGCGAGAGCGUGCCUAUACAUAGCGCGUCGGAGGCCGCGGUUCUCCCAAUAGAAAGCCACAUUUUUAUGAUUGUCAAUAUUAACCCGAAAAAUGAAAAGACUGUUUCGUGAUAGUCUGAUUUAAAAAAUAAGUCUGAGAAAAAACGGUCGAACACUACAUAUACUUUGGCAAAACAACGUUUGCCAGCUAGUAUUUGAUAACAUUAAACAUGUUAGCAUAAUAAUGACCCGACAAAAUUUCAAACGAUUAUCUUUGGCAAUGCUGUCAUGAAGUCCCAAUCGACCUGGAGUAAAAAUUUUCACAAAAACAACCGACUUCAAAAACAAUAUUCCAAAACAAUAGAUACUAAUAUGCACUCAAAAGUAUAAAAAUAAUUACGUCUUCUAAGACAAUCUAAUUAAUAAAUCUUAUUCUAGUUACGAUUAUUGUUAUUUUAAACUAUCUUUGAUGGAUAGAUGAUGUGAAGGACACAAUAAAAUAAAGAAUCAUCGAAUUCUGGUGGCGCGAUGUUGGGUUAUUCGUAAAUUUGUCACGCACAUACUUACAGAAAAUUUAAGACAUGAUUUUCUCAUGGAUGCCAUUGUCCGAUCUGAACCAAAUUAUGGGACCACACAGGAAGCACCAGCUUUUAAAUAAAAAAAAAGAAAGAUCAAAAAUCACCCUGUCGAAAGUUCUGAGGUAACAAAAAAAAACAUACGGACGAGAACCUCCUUGUUUGAAGUCAGUUAAAAAACCAAGAGAGAUGCAUUUUUUUAUAUAAAUAUAACUGUAUUAGAUAGAUUUGUUUUCUAUUAUUCUGCUGUAAUAUAUGCUAGCUCUAUCACUUUGAACUGGGUGGCUGAGCCCUGCUCGGUGUGAAAACUUAAAAAAAAAUCAAAAAAUCGGUUCAAAUAAAUGCAUAACAAUCGGUCGUUUUGAUAUAUGACAUUUUAAAAUUAAACCAAUUUACCUAUGUUAACCACAAAAACAAUAGCUACAUAGCCCCACAAUAUAUCGUUGGGAAGGUCCUGAUGAGAAAAACUUAAAAUCGUUUACUUUACGGUUUGAAGAUCAAAAAUUCAGAUUCAAACAUUUCCCAAAGAGGUUCAUUUAUCUUUGACUCGGAAACAAACAUCCAUAUUCGUCAUAUAAAUGAUUGCAUAUACCGGGAUUCGAACCCGGGACCUCUAGGCAGGCUCACUAACGACUGGGCUAUAGGGGUCGUCAUCAGUCACAUUGAAAAUUAGGUUUGUUCACUAGAACGUGCCAACAACGGCAUGCCUCCUCUCCACUACCGGCGAUAAUCGUUACUUGUAUGAUCGUCUGUCAUCGACAAGUUAAUCGUCUGUGAUCAUUUAUUGAGCGACAGUCCUUCAAGAUGGACGUGGAGUUUAUAGCUGUUGCAACCAUUUAUUUAAUUUAAGUAUACAUUAUUUAAGCAAAGUUCUAGUUCUGAUAAAGUUCUAUGAAUUUAAAUAUUUCUUCAUUUGUCAUACCCAGUAGUCACUAUAUCGUACUCGCGAUAUAUAAUUUUAUUUUUACGAAAAUAAGGGCCGAGACGAACAGGACGUUCAGCGGAUGGUAAUUGAUUGCCUAUUACAAUGCAGUGCCGUUCAGGAUUCUUAAAAAACCCAUAAGUUCUGAGCGGCACUACAAUUGCGCUCGUCACUUGAGUCAUUCGCCCGGCAAUUUCACUAGCUACAGCGCCCUUCAGGCCGAAACACAGUAAUGUUUACACAUACUGCUUCACGGCAGAAAUAGCCGCCGUUGUGGUACCCAUAAUCUAGCUGGCAUCCUGUGCAAAGGAACCUCCCACUGGUCGAAAUAAAAGGAAAACAAAACAACGCCGCGACGACCGUGGUGAUGCAAAAUACUGUCCAGUGUGCUCCAGUGAAUGAAUGACCGGCGAUCGUGUGGGCACAUGCACGCAACUACAAGCGAAUUCCCUUUGAUGCGUGUCCGAAAAACCGACAAGUCACCAAUCGCCACGAUUAUUAUGACGAGUAUAGACGAUGAUCGGUGACGAGAACCGAAUAAGCCCUCCACACGAUCGUGCUAGCGUAUAAUCGCCGAUUGUGAAUAGGCGGCAAUAGGAGCAAGGGCAACACGAGAUGGACGAUCGGGUCGUAACCAAAUAUCGCAAGUUGAAGUCAUCAAUACUAUCAGUUAAAACGGGCACAUUGACUGGAAUUAUCAGUACUUGUUAGUCGUCUUUCGUCUGUCAAGGUCGAAUUGACCUUACUUUGGAGGGUAUCACCCUUGGGAUUUUAUUUUGCAACUAGCUGACCCGACAGACGUUGUAUUUUUUUAUGAAUUUGUCAAUAAUAUUUCAAAACAACAAGAAUUAUAUAGUAAAAUUUGCUCCCUGUUGUUUUAUUGAAAUUGCUGUCAAACCGUGCGACAGUAAAUUCUCUCAUAGAAAAUAUGUCCAUACCAAACAAAUGUUGGAAAUAAAAAUAAUUAUGGGUCCCAAAUCGAAAUAUAGACUAUCCUAUCUCUGAAGUUGGACUAAACUGCACUC